AGCAUAGGUAGGAGACAGUGACUGAUUAUCAUCUCACUCAGUGAUGGUUUUGAAAUAUAAAGCUACUAGAAUCACCUCUCUAGGCUCACUGAAACCAGGUGAUCAUAUAAGAGUCUGUCGUAUGGUGUAUAAUCACCACAUGAUGGUGAUAAAAGUCAUCAAUAAUGGAUUGCUACUACGUGUCAUUCAUUACACUGAGUCUGAGUACAGGCAAGCAAGUGUGGGAGCUGCUACUUCUGCAGCCUUGCCAAGUUCAUUUUCACUAUCAAACGGCACUGACAUUGCAAAAGUGAAAGAGGAAAACAUUUUCGUAGACCCACAAGAAGAUAGGGUUGAGCUUUUGGAGUAUGAUGAUCCUGAAGUUGCUAUUCAUCGUGGUCAAAAUGCUAUAAGGCGUGCUCGUAGCAGGAUUGGGGAAAAUAAAUUUGACUUUGUGCUCACAAAUUGUGAAUCGUUAAUCAAUUGGGCCAUUACUGGAAGAGAAGAGACUGGCCAAGGUCAAGUUGCAAUUGUUGCAGGAGCUGCUGCUGCUGCUGCUGCUGCUGCAGCAGUAGGAGUAGUUGGAUUAGUUGCAGUUGCAACAAUAGGAAUACCUGGACUAGUUCUGUCUGGUUUAACUUUUGCUGUUGGUGUUGGAUAUAAUAUGAAGAAAAAGAAGGAUGAUGAUGAGAACAACAAAAAGAAUUAGUAGACAUAACAUUACAUGAUACAUAGCAGCAAAUCAACUGCUAAAUUGAUUAACAAUGUUGCAGUAAUUUAAUUGAGAGUAA